AGUGGCAGCCGGAGGCUCAGUCCAUGCCGUGCCCCCUGGACGGUGCCGGCGAGGCUGAGCAAGAGGCCUCCGCAUCUCGAUACCUACGAGCGCAGGGGCGGAGCAUCACCAGGGUAGAGGACCAUGUUGCGCCGUAAGCCCUCCAACGCCAGCGAGAAGGAGCCCACGCAGAAGAAAAAGCUCUCGCUUCAGCGCUCCAGCAGCUUCAAAGAUUUUGCCAAAUCCAAACCCAGCUCCCCAGUGGUGAGCGAGAAGGAAUUUAAUCUGGAUGAUAAUAUUCCAGAAGAUGACUCAGGUGUUCCGCCCCCAGAGGAUGCUGGAAAGAGCAGCAAAAAGCUGGGGAAGAAGUGGAGGGCCGUGAUUUCCCGAACCAUGAACAGGAAGAUGGGCAAGAUGAUGGUGAAGGCCCUGUCGGAGGAGAUGGGAGAUACUCUGGAGGAGGGCUCAGCCUCCCCGACGUCUCCGGACUGCAGCCUGGACAGCCCCGGCCCUGAGAAGAUGGCGCUGGCCUUUUCUGAGCAAGAGGAGACGCAGCUCCCAGCACUCAGCCGCCAGGCAUCCACAGGCAGUGAGCUCUGCAGCCCCAGCCCAGGCUCUGGCAGCUUCGGGGAGGAACCACCUGCCCCCCAGUACACAGGGCCCUUCUGUGGCCGGGCACGAGUCCACACCGACUUCACUCCCAGCCCGUAUGACCAUGACUCACUGAAACUGCAGAAGGGAGAUGUGAUCCAGAUCAUCGAAAAGCCGCCUGUGGGCACGUGGCUGGGCCUGCUCAAUGGCAGGCUGGGCUCUUUCAAGUUCAUCUACGUGGACGUGCUGCCCGAGGAGGCUGUGGGACCUGCCCGCCCCAGCCGCCGACAGAGCAAGGGCAAGAGGCCCAAGCCCAAGACUCUGCAUGAGCUGCUGGAGCGCAUCGGCCUUGAGGAGCACACGUCCACCCUGCUGCUCAAUGGCUACCAGACGCUGGAGGACUUCAAAGAGCUGCGGGAAACACACCUCAAUGAGCUGAAUAUCAUGGACCCACAGCAUCGGGCCAAGCUGCUCACGGCUGCUGAGCUGCUGCUGGACUACGACACCGGCAGCGAGGAGGCGGAAGAGGGCGCCGAGAGCGGCCAGGAGCCAGUGGCGCACACGGUGGCAGAGCCCAAGGUGGACAUCCCGCGUGACUCGGGCUGCUUCGAGGGCUCAGAGAGCGGGCGCGAUGAAGCAGAGCUGGCGGGUGCCGAGGAGCAGCUACACGGCCUCUCCCUGGCCGGGGCACCUUGAGGCAGCAGUGUGGGCCGAGGCUGGGCCUGAGCAGCCCAGGCCGCGGGGCUGGACCCAGCCUUCCGCGGUGGCCCCGGGCCGGAGGACUGGCACCGAGCCCGGCCCCGCUCCCCCAGGGGUGCCUAGGUCAGCAGAGGCCAGCCGAGCCCUACAGGCGCGGCUGGAGUGCACGACAAGCUGAGCCGCCGAAGCCGGGCCGCCUCCCUCCACCAGCUACUUGACAGCACAGCCCUUCCAGCUGCGGCCAGAGCAGGGGGGCACUGAGGGGGCACCGGGCCCAUGCCCCUCACCACCAAGGCCUCCAAACCCUCCUUGCCUCCACACCACCUUCCCCUGUCGCGCUGCUCCUGAAAAGGGGGCCGAGUCGGUGGUUCAGGUCAAUCUCAAUACCCUAGGGAAACCUGGUCAUCGAAAAGGACUCUAAUUGAUCACAGGUGAAUCCAGAUUCUCUAAAUAAGGUUUGAAGCCACAUGUACAUGUAUCUUUCCUACUUUCCUUCACCUUAAUUCUCUUACAGGUUUAGCCACUAAAUCACUGUGCCACUUGAACUGAGUGCCUUCCUCAAUCUGGGUCUAGGACAGGUCAGAAUAAGAAUGGAUAGUUGCUGAGGGCCAACUCUGACAUUCUGUGAUAUUAAACGUCUGCUGUCCCGUUACCUGUGGCCCAGGACACCAGUGGGGCUUACUAAGGGGGCUGGAGGGGCCUUGGGCUCCCAAAUGAAACAUCUCCUGCUCAUCCGUUCCAUACUUCCCCACGUAACUCAAGCCAAGCUGCAACUCCCCCAGCUUAAAACAAUGCCCACACCUCAGACAACAAGCGCCCUCCCCUUCCACUCCCAGCCCCUUAAAUGACACUUCUCCCAAGGCCAAUGGCAGAUGGCCCGACCUGACUUCCAAGGGCAGACUGGCCCCUCAGAAGCAAGACUUGGCCUCUCCUGUGGGUCCUUACAAGCAAAGAAAGCACAAAGCUUGAUACUGGGGAGUCCACUGUCCCACCUUUACUCUGCUAAAGGUUUUGAUGGACCUUGAGCUCCAGAAGGGGAGGGAGAGUCAAGGAUCCUGGUACUUGACCCCAGUGCCAAGUCCAUGCCCAGAAUUCCCAGAGUAACCCUUUCCUGGGGCCCAACUGGCCUGAGGGCAAACAGUGCCCGCCAUGUCUUGGACUGCCUGUUUAGUGGACACUUUUGGACCUAGUCCCAGGAACUCUGGUAGAAGCCAUCUUGGGGGAGCGGUUUGGGUGUAAA